AUGGCGAAGCAAAAGAAAAAGGGUCAGUCCGGCCAGGCGAAGAACUACAUUACUCGAACGCAAGCUGUACGCAAACUACAGAUAUCGCUUCCUGAUUUUCGACGGCUUUGUAUCUUCAAGGGCAUCUACCCUCGCGAACCCCGAAAUAUCAAAAAGGCGAGCAAAUCGGCCACUCACUCGACCACCUUCUACUACACCAAAGACAUCCAAUACCUCUUACACGAACCGUUGCUGGCCAAGUUCCGUGAACAAAAAGCCCUCGAGAAGAAGAUUGCUAGAUCUCUGGGUCGCAAUGAAGUGCAAGAUGCGGUUCGGCUGGAGAAGUAUGGUAUGCCAAAAAUAAAGUUGGAUCACAUCGUGCGAGAACGGUACCCUACCUUCGUGGACGCUCUCCGAGACCUGGACGAUGCGCUGUCAUUGCUGUCUUUGUUCGCCAACCUCCCUUCGACCACCGAGGUGCCUGCCAAGGUCAUUGCGCGCUGUCAACGCCUCUGCCACGAGUUUGAACACUACCUAAUCGCCACUAACUCCUUACGAAAAUCCUUCUUGUCCAUCAAAGGUAUCUACUACCAAGCGACGAUCCAAGGUCAGGAUAUAAUGUGGUUAGUGCCGUAUAAAUUUGUGCAACGGGUAACCCAAGAUGUGGACUACCGGAUUAUGGGUACCUUUGUGGAAUUUUAUUGCACCCUUCUGGGCUUUGUCAACUACAGGCUCUAUACGUCAAUCGGCCUUGUGUAUCCCCCAAAGUUCGACGUCGUGUCCGACGAGCGAGGAGCAGAGCUGGCCGCUUUCACUCUGGAGGGGCGCGGCAUUGGUGGAGGCAUCGAUCAACAGGACGAACACAAACAAUUGGACAAUGGUCAUGCACAACAUGGCAACACCGAAGCUGUUCAGGCUCAAAUAGACAAGAUUGCCCAAGAGACCUCGGCUCAAGAAGACGUGAAGCAGGAUGAGCCCGCCGAAGAGCAAGCACAGACUGAUGCCAUUGAUACAUUCGUUCCUGCGGCACCAGAAGGAGACAUCCUGCCACAGCCUGAUUUGACUGCCGACGAAGCCGCACACUUGUUCUCGGAGUUCACGUUUUUCAUUUCCCGCGAAGCUCCUCGUCAUCCCAUUGAGUUCUUGCUGAGAGCAUUUGGCUGCAAACGCGUGGGUUGGGAUGCCGUACUAGGUGAAGGCGCGUUUACCCAUGACGAGAGAGAUCCCCGGAUCACGCAUCAAAUCGUGGACAGGCCUGCACCGUCACAAUCACUUUCAUCCACGCAAGGUCAAGAAGGCUCGAAGGAUCAAAGUCUUCAGACUGUCAAACCUGGAUACAUCAUGCCCGGAAGAAUCUAUGUCCAGCCGCAAUGGAUAUGGGAUUGUGUCAACGAGGGUAAAUUGCUGCGCACCGACGUAUAUGCGCCGGGAGAGACGCUACCCCCUCAUUUAAGCCCAUGGGUCAAGCCCACUGGUGGCCAAUAUAAUCCAAGAGCGACCUUGGAAGAGCAGGAGCCUGAAGGUGAGGCUGAUGCAGCCGCAAUUGAUGAAAGUGAAGAUGAAGAAGGGCAAGAAGAGACUACUCAGCAAGCCGUUGAGGGACAAGAAGCUGAGGAAAAGGACGAUGAUGACGCUGAAGAUGAGGACGAUGAUACCGAUGCGCAUGAUAUGGACGUCGCACCCUCAGAUGACGAAUCAGAAGAGGAAGACGAGGAAGACGAGGCAGAUACUUUCGGCGGCUUCGAUGAUGCUAUCUCACAAGGCUCAGACCUAGACGAGGAUGCUGAACACCAGAAGGAACUGGAAGCGGAAGCAGCUGGACGACCUGUCAAAUCGAAUAUGAAUGGAGCAGACCCCAAGGCCAAGGCCAUCAGAGCUCGGCAGACAGAACGGUCUCGGAAAGAGGAGGAAGUUGAACGACAAAAGAUGAUGAUGAGUAACAAGAAGCGCAAGCUGUAUGAGAAGAUGCAAUACUCCAACAACAAACGUGAUGAAGAAGCUGAGAAGCUGCGGAAAAAGCGAAGGAAGCUGGAAAAGGCCGGAAAAAGAUGA